CUUCUCAUUAAAGCGCGUGCAGUGAACUUCCCCUGCAGUCACGAGCAGUCCGCAAUGGAGACGUGUUUGUUUCGUCUUUUGGCUUUCGCUGCUUUAGCUGCCGCAGUUCGAAGUCUGCGUCUUGAUCCUCUCCGGUCAUGUCAUAAACCGCUAGCCAGGAACGGCCCCUUUGGCGUAAGAACUGGACCCAGGCCGUCGGAAAGCAUUUCAUUGGGUGAACUCCCAAAAGCGUGGGACUGGCGAAAUAUGAAUGGUGUAAAUUAUGCAAGCACCACACGCAACCAGCAUAUCCCUCAAUAUUGUGGGUCAUGCUGGGCCCAUGGCAGCACCAGUGCUUUAGCAGAUCGUAUCAACAUUAAAAGAAAGGGUGCCUGGCCAUCGGCAUACUUGUCUGUCCAGAAUGUAAUCGAUUGUGGAAAUGCAGGGUCCUGUGAGGGGGGUGAUCAUGGUGGAGUAUGGGAGUAUGCCCACAAUCAUGGAAUACCUGAUGAGACCUGUAACAAUUACCAGGCGAAGGACCAAGACUGCACAGUGUUCAAUCAGUGUGGGACAUGCACUACGUUUGGGGUCUGCAACGUAGUGAAGAACUACACGCUCUGGAAGGUUGGAGACUUUGGUUCUGUAAGUGGCAGAGAGAAGAUGAUGGCUGAGAUCUACACUGGAGGACCCAUCAGUUGUGGCAUCAUGGCGACUCCAAAACUUGAUGCAUACACGGGUGGUCUGUACGCAGAGUACAACAAAAACACCUUCAUCAACCACAUUGUGUCAGUGGCUGGCUGGGGCGUCGACGAGGAUGGAGUCGAAUUCUGGAUUGUGCGCAACUCCUGGGGAGAGCCCUGGGGUGAAAAGGGUUGGCUGAGGAUUGUGACGAGUGCUUACAAGGGAGGUACCGGCGAGGACUACAACCUCGCCAUUGAGCAGCAGUGCGCUUAUGGAGACCCUGUACUUCCAUAGCAGGCCUCUGGUUGAAAGGCAGGAUUUUGCUGAAUGUGAAGCUGCUGCUGGACUAGCAACUCUCUUAAACUGAAGCUGAAGUUCUCCUGAGAAGUGAGCUCUUUGUGGCUUGGUGACACAUUCUUUUAGAACUAAAUAUGAAAAUGUUUUUUUAGAAAAUUGAUUUUAAAAGGACUUUUUUUAAUAAUUUGCAAUGUUCAAUAAAGGAUUGCUGCAGAGUCCAGAGGAUAGCAGCUGGCAUUCUUGGAGAAGCAGUGGAUCCCAAUGUAGUUUACACUAAUUAAUUAACGCAAUAGAUGAGACAGAAUCAGCUGAUGAGUGACCAAUGACAUCUUUGCACUUGAAUAUUGGGAUACGGCAGGAUUGGGCACCGGUCGGUCAAUUCCUUUACAGUGAGGAAUCGGUGGCCAGUUGAGCAACACUUUGAAAUUACGCUUAAAUGUAAGAUUAUUGCAAUAAAACACUGGGGAUCAUU